GGCGAAGCAUGGCGAGGACGGGGCUGCUCUGCCUGGGCGCCCUGUUGGCGAUGGGCGGGGGCGCCGGCGCCCUGCCGCGCUCGCAGCUGCUGCCCUUCGGGGCGGGGCGCGGCGACCGGGCGCUGCCCGACGGCGACGACGAGAGCUCGGAGGCGCUCAGCCUGGCCGGCCCGCUGCCCUUCUACGAGACCCGCUUGGGCCAGCUCUACGUCGGGACCAACGGGAUAAUUUCCACUCAGGACUUCCCCCGGGAGACUCAAUACGUGGACGAUGAUUUUCCCACGGACUUCCCGGCCAUCGCUCCUUUCCUGGCUGACAUUGACACCGGCGGAGGGAGAGGCAAAAUCUACUACCGCCAGGAUGACUCCCGGGAGGUGCUGGAUCGGGCCGCCCGGCUGAUCUGGGCUGGGUUUCCUGACGCCGCGGGCUUUGUCCCCCACCGCGCAUUCGUGGCUACCUGGGAGGAUGUGGGGGCGUACGAAGAGGUCACCCGGAACUCGGAGCCCUCCGAACAGCGCAACACCUUUCAGGCAGUCUUAGCCUACACCGAUUCGGAUGCCUAUGCCGUCUUCCUUUACCCUGACGACGGGCUCCAGUUCUUUGGGACGCGGCCAAAAGAAUCAUACAACGUCAACCUAGAACUCCCGGCCCGAGUAGGUUUCAGCAGAGGGGAUUUCCAGAGGCGAGAAGGCCCUUACUACAGCGCAACCAGCAGUGAGCAAUCUGUCAAAAACCUCUAUCAGACGAGCAACUCAGGAAUCCCUGGCGUGUGGGUCUUCCAUAUCGGCAGCAGCUCCCAGUUGAAGAACAUUGUUCCAGCAACUGUGGGCCAGAGACCAUCGGCGUCUUUCGAAGGGCGUCUGUCGAGAACCCCGGAGAGCGCCGCCGUCGAUCAAAACGUCCUGGAGGUGGAGUAUCCUGACUCAAACCUCGAUUACGCCGAGUCCUUCUACAACGGAAACGAAGAUGACUUUGAGUACUCGCCCGUGGAGCCCACCGAGCCGGCGCCGGAAACGAGAUCCGGCGAUCCGUCAAACCUCGACGACCGACUCGAUUUUCACGAGCCGAGGCAUUCGGGGGCCAUUCUGGAUUCGGACCUGGAGGCUGCGUUGCUGGACCCGUCGCCCAGCCGCCCGCCUCUGUACUCGGAACUGGAUUCCGAUCUGGUGUUCCCCGAAUUGCCGUUCCUUGAAUUGCCAUCCCCGGCAUCUUCUGUAUCAGAAGGAAAUGAUAGAACCCCGUCGUUACCGUUGGUGUACGAGAGUCCGAUUGAGGCUGUGACUGCUGUUCUGUUGUAUCAUCCGGACCUUCAGGAGACGCCGUCCCCGCCGGAAGAAGACGGUGGCGUCCCUUCAGAAACGGAAGCCCUCCCUGUCUACCCGGAUGGUGAGGUUAUCCUCGAAAGCUUCCCGGACAACGCCCCACCUUUUAACCACCGGAGACGGGUUGUAGGUGUAGAUGAAGACAUCGGUUUUAACCCCGACGUGUUCACGUACAGUGCGGCCAACGUGGAAACCUGCGAGCGUCACCACGGCCACUGCUCCCAGCAUGCCUUCUGCACGGACUACAGCACCGGGUUCUGCUGUCACUGCCAGGCCAAGUUCUACGGGAACGGCAGACACUGCUUACCAGAAGGCGCUGCUCAUCGUCUCAACGGUAAAGUGAGCGGGAAUCUCCUGGCGGGACAGACACCGGUGCGGUUUAGCGACAUCGAUAUGAAUGCCUACAUCGUUGGCAACGAUGGGCGAGCCUAUACCGCCAUCAGCCACAUUCCGCAGCUGGCCGCCCGGGCGCUGAUGCCUUUGGCGGCCAUCGGGGGCCUCUUUGGCUGGCUCUUUGCGCUGGAGAAACCUGGGUAUGAAAACGGCUUCAGUAUCGCUGGUGCUCAAUUCACUCACAAUGUUGAAGCCACGUUCUAUCCGGGAGAGGAAAAGGUUUCUGUCCAGCAGACGGCGGAAGGGCUGGAUGCGGAAAACCACCUCAGCAUUAAGACGGACAUUCAAGGGCGGGUGCCUUCUGUUCCGGAGGAUUCCACCGUCCACAUCAUGCCUUACAAGGAAAUCUACCACUAUUCGGAUUCAGUGGUGACGUCCACCUCUUACCGGGAGUAUUCCCUCACUUCCAGGAGCCUCAAUCAGACCUUUUCCUACCGGCUGGUUCAGAAUAUCACGUACCAGAGCUGCCCGCACGGGCGCCACCGCUGGGUAGUCCCUGCCGCCCAGCAGCUGACGGUAGACCGGAUCUUUGCCCUGUACAACGAGGAGGAGAGGGUGCUGCGUUACGCCGUCACCAACCAGAUCGGGUCCCUAACUCAAGACGAUUCUGCUCCGACCACGUUGAACCCGUGCUACGACGGCACCCACUCGUGCGACACUACGGCACGCUGCCAGGCAGGCUCCGGUCUGGAUUAUACCUGCGAGUGCACCGCCGGUUACUGGGGAGACGGCAAGGAAUGCACAGACAUCAACGAGUGUGCCGAGGGCAUCAGUCGGUGCAGCCGGGAGUCGGUGUGUGUGAAUACCGUGGGCAGCUACCGGUGCGAGUGCCCCAGCGGGUUCCAGCUGGCAGCUGACAGAGCCAGUUGUCUAGCCGUAGCGCCGCCAUCCGAUCCUUGCGCCGAAGGCACCCACACCUGUGCCCCUGUGGAUCGGGCACGCUGCGUGCACCAUGGGGGCGGCUCUUUCAGCUGCAUGUGCCUCCCCGGGUAUGCUGGCGAUGGGCACAACUGCACAGACGUGGACGAGUGCGCGGAAGGGAGGUGCCACCCGGCGGCCGACUGCUUCAAUUCUCCCGGCUCCUUCUCCUGCCGCUGCCGGGACGGCUACGAAGGGGAUGGCUUCCGGUGCUCGCCAGUGACCACGCAGAGACUGACCCGCUGUGAACACGAGAGACUCUACGCCAACCAGCAAGGCUCCCCCAUUCCUGGAGGCCCCCACGUGCCUCAGUGCGACAGCCAGGGGAACUACAGGCCACUGCAGUGCCACGGUAGCACCGGGGAGUGCUGGUGCGUCGACGGAGAUGGCCGAGAAGUCGCUGGCAGCCGGAGACCACCGGGCGCCUCCCCGCCACCUUGCGGGGCUCCAGAGCCCACGCAAAGGCCUCAGACCAUGUGCGAACGCUGGCGGCAAAGCCUUCUGGAGCACUACGGCGGCAGCCCCCGCGACGACCAAUACGUGCCCCAGUGUGACGCUCUGGGCAACUUUAGCCCACUUCAGUGCCACGGGAACAGCGGCUACUGCUGGUGCGUGGACCAGAAGGGCCACGAGGUUCAAGGCACAAGAUCUGAGCCCGGCGUCCCGCCACCAUGCCUGCCGAGCGUCGCCCCUCCGACUGUCCGGCCGUCUCCGCGGCCAGAUGUUGUUCCUCCCUCUGCCGGGACGUUCCUGCUCUAUGCGCAGGGGCAGCAAAUCGGCUAUUUGCCCCUGAACGGCACCAGACUGAACAAGGAAGCCGCUAAGACCCUACUGUCUCUGCAUGGUUCGAUUGUGGUCGGGAUUGACUUUGACUGCCGGGAGAAAAUGCUGUACUGGACGGACGUCGCGGGGAGAACCAUCAGCCGGGCCAGCCUAGAGCCGGGGGCGGAGCCAGAAACCGUGAUCAACACGGGGCUGAUCAGUCCUGAAGGCCUCACCAUCGACCACCUCCGACAAACCAUGUUUUGGACGGACAGUGGCCUGGACAAAAUCGAGAGCGCCAGACUGGACGGCUCGGAGCGCCGCGUUCUCUUCGCCACCGACCUCGUCAACCCUCGCGCCAUCACGGUGGACCCGAUCCGUGGCAAUCUUUACUGGACGGACUGGAACCGCGAAGCCCCAAAGAUCGAGACGUCCACCGUGACAGGAGAGCACAGGCGGAUUCUGGUCAACAAAGACAUCGGGCUGCCCAACGGCUUGACCUUCGACCCCUUUUCCAAACGGAUUUGUUGGGCGGAUGCAGGAACCAAGAAGCUGGAGUGCGCCCUGCCUGAUGGAACAGGAAGACGCACGAUCCAGAGUAACCUCAACUACCCCUUCAGCCUCGUUGGCUACGCCGAUCACUUCUACCACACGGACUGGAGAAGGGACGGCGUCAUAGCGGUGAAUAAAGACAACGGUGCUUUUACGGGUGAAUACCUUCCGGAACAGCGGACGCACCUCUACGGGAUAACGGCAGUCCACCCGUACUGCCCUGGAGGAAGGAAAUAAGCUACCGGGGCACGGAGGGGAGACGUCCCCCUUGCGACCGGCGGAAGGAGAAUCGCGCUUCCUGCUGACCUUGUACAUAAUGUAAAAGAUCCCUCCCCUCCGCUGCAGGAGCGCCCGUGACGCGUAACGGAAGGGGACU